AUUUCAAUGCGACAAUGAAACUAAUUGAUUAUUCCCAAAAUCUCAUGUAUAAAUAUAAGCUAUUUCCCUUAUUUCCUUUCCACAAUCAAACAUUUCUUCAUACAUCCAUAAUACAAACAUAUAAAUAAUAACCAUGGUUAAAAAAAACAAUGGUGUAUUUUUUAUAAUGUUGAUUCUUGUAUCUUGUGUUUGUGUUUGGGCACGACCAGCAACUUUUGGGCAAGAUUUUCAUGUCACCUGGUCUGACUCUCAUAUCAAACAAAUCGAUCAAGGCAGAACAAUCCAACUCACCCUUGAUCGAGGCUCUGGUUGUGGAUUUGCUUCAAAAGUGAAGUACCUGUUUGGUCGUGUUAGCAUGAAGAUCAAACUUGUACCUGGAGAUUCUGCUGGUACUGUAACUGCAUUUUAUAUGAACUCUGACACUGACUCUGUUCGUGAUGAGUUGGAUUUUGAAUUCUUGGGAAACCGUACUGGACAACCUUAUACAGUUCAAACAAACAUUUAUGCUCAUGGAAAGGGUGAUAGAGAACAAAGGGUUAAUCUUUGGUUUGAUCCUUCUGCUGAUUUUCACACUUAUUCAAUUCUUUGGAAUCAUCACCAUAUUGUCUUCUAUGUUGAUGAAGUUCCCAUAAGAGUAUACAAGAACAAUGAAGCAAAGGGAAUCCCAUACCCAAAAAUGCAAGCCAUGGGAGUAUUUUCAACAUUAUGGGAAGCUGAUAAUUGGGCAACAAGAGGUGGAUUAGAGAAAAUCAAUUGGAACAAAGCACCAUUCUAUGCUUAUUACAAGGAUUUUGACAUUGAAGGAUGUGCAAUUCCAGGACCAGUUACAUGUGCCUCUAACCCAACAAAUUGGUGGGAAGGGGUUACAUAUCAAGCUCUUAAUGCAAUUGAAGCUAGAAGGUAUAGGUGGGUUCGUAUGAACCAUAUGAUAUAUGAUUAUUGUCAAGAUAAACCAAGGUACCCUAUGACCCCACCAGAGUGUCUUUCAGGCAUUUAAAUACUCAAAACUAUAUAGUAUACAUAUAUUCAAAUCGUCGGCAAAAUUUUGUGGUUUACAACAUUGUGCCACACAAUUUUACGUACAUGUGAUAUUCAUUUACAUUUUUUUUUUUGUCUUAUACAAAAUUUCAAUUGUGUAUAUGUUAAAGGCUGUUCUGGCUCUUUGGGAGGAUUGUUUGUGGUAUGAAAAAGUUUGUAAGCAUUAUUGUGAUCAAUUGAUGAAUAAUAUUUAUUUAUUUAAUUGGUGUUA